AUGGAGUUGAACCGGCCAGCAAACCCCAACAGCUGGUCUACUAGACUUGUCACUGGACUCGGCAGGCGACUGAGGUCCGACAAGCAAUACUCCGAAGCUGCCGUGGCCGAGAAGCGCAAGAAGGAGGGCGCCAAAUUGCGAAAGAGGAAUCUCAAGAAUGCCCCGGCCGCUCCCAAGACCAAUGAGUUGGGAGAGCGCAGCGAAUAUGCAAUCUUUGACGACCAACGGGGCACGACCUCCAGGAGAGAGAAAGAUCACGGCGAUAUGAUGCAUCGGCUGGCGCAUCACGACUCCUUCGAUUCCCUGCUGGACAAGCCUCACAUGCUCGACGAGCUCCGCGACCCCUACUUUUCCUCUGACAAACUCCGCAAGCGUAAUUUCACCGUGUACAUUUCCGAAAAGGACGAGAAUCGCAUAUCCUCCCUCCCAGACGAGCUAUGGAAGCGGAUUGCCUCGUUUCUGGAUCCCGUGGAUGCCGCCAACCUGGCCCUCUCCAAGAAGACUCUCUACCGGAAGUUGGGCAUGGUACCCUUUGACGCGCUGAACGAGCCCGAAAACCAGCACCUGAAGAUCAAGUUCCUUCUGUCUUUCGAUAGACAGAUGCCGGACCACCUGCUAUGUUUCCCGUGCGCCAAGUACCACCGGAGACUCCAGCCCGGCAAGGAAGUGAUGAAGAUGAUUGAAUACGUCACGUACCCCGUCUUCAAUUGCCCCCGAGUGAGGGCCACGGUACUCCCGCGCAUGCGCGUGACUUAUGGACGCACGCUGAUCUACCCCUUCGUCCAACUGGCGCUCCGACACGCAGAGUACGGCGCAGCGUACGGCGUCGACCACUCUACACUCGCCCGGAAAUGGAAGUGCAAAGACACCGGCUGGACGCACCGGACACGCUUCAUGGUCCACGACGGCCGUCUGCUAAUGCGCGUCGUCUCGCAGGUCUACACCCCGCCGGCCACAAACCUCACCGAGACCGCCGAGCGCCACAUCCUCUACGACCGCGAGGAACACACGCCCUUCUUCUCCGUCUGCGCGCACUGGCGCGACGGCGACCUGACGAAGAUUUGCAAAUGCAUGAUGUCCCACGUCCCCGCACCCCCGGAUCCCUACCACAAACAGAUGCAGCGAUCCUUCAAACUCUCCCGCGCCGCCGCCAAUCCCGACUUCAUCGUGCGCGGCUGCGACGAGUGCCGGCCCGCGCGGCGAUGUCCGGAAUGCCCGACGGAGUAUCUGGUCGAGGUCCAGAUGGUCGAGGACACGACCGACAAGGUCACGCCCUUCAAGCAUGCGCUCGUCGUCACGCGCUGGACGGACCUGGGCGAUGGCAGCAGCCCGUACACGUCCCCCGAAUGGACGGCCAUCAACGGCCGCUCCAAUGCCGCAGCGGAGGGAGGAGGAAGCUACAACAGCUUUACGAACAUCGGUCGACGAGCCAUCGGAGGCAUCUUCGAGUCCAACAUCAACGGCGAGAUUCCGGGCCAACGGCUCAUCAGUCUGAACCCUUCCAACAAGAAGCUGGGAGAAGAGGGACACGGAUGGUAUUGA